CUAAUAUUGGUUGGUAUUAUUGUAAACCGUUGCCAAUAUUUAAAGUUGGCAAUAAACUGUCAAAAUAUUCAAACAUGACAGGCUGUCAUUGACAGCAAAUAACUUUGCAUGACAGUAGACAUAUCUGUAAUUAGUAAAAAAUGAGUUUAUUAGCUGAAGUGCUAUCUUCUGCUGAGAAAGUAGAAUUAAAAGACGUUGAAGCAAACGUUCCAAGAUUGGUCGCACAGGUUCAAAAUGUAAAAAGUGACGUGUUGAAAUACACAAACAGUGCGUACGUUAAGUUCACUCAAAAUGUAAAACAAAACACUGAACUUUUAAACAAAGCUAAAAAAGCGCACAGUGAAAUUGGUGAUUUGCUGAAAACUGUGGAGUCAAUAACCAAAAAAGAUUUAAGCAAAGCUAAAUUGGAGAUAAAGGAACUGGAAAAUGAGUUACGAGGAGAAGAAUUUGCUCUUCAAGUGGUCUUGCCUUUAUGUAAAAUUAAUGAAGAUUUGCUGCUAUUUAAUAAAAUGCUAAGGAACAAGUCUCUGGUUAAAUGUAUGGAAUUGGUAAAAAGUAUGGAACUACAAAUAGGUUCGAUUUCAGAUGAAGAAUGUUUGGAUGCUUUAAUUGAGUUGAGUUUUCUAAUUAAAUCAAAAAAACAAGAGUUGAUUAACGUUUUGCAUAAUAUUUUCAAUGAUAAUAUUAUUUUGUCCAAGAAUGAAAAUAAUAUAAAAAUAAAAGUGAGGGAUGGGGAUGAUGAUGUACAGGAGGCACUUUUGGCUCUGUAUACAGAAGAAACAAUUUUUCCUCUGGACAGGGUCACAUCGUUUUUAUGGAAUGAGGUGUUUAUAUGGUUGGUCGACAAUACCACAAAAAUCAAUAAAUUUGAAGAUGAUUGUUACAAAGUUUUGGAAAUUGAAAUGGUAAAUGAGAAAGCAGAUACAUAUAAAAACGUAUUUGAUAGAAUUACAUCUGUUUUCGUUUUUUUACAUGAACAUUUCGAUUUACCAGUUAGUUCGGAUCUUACUACUUUGGGAUAUAUUGGGAGAGAUAUUAGAGAUAAUUUGUCUGAACUACUAAUAAAUAAUUGCUUACAAAAAACGGUUCCUUCCAGCGAUGAAGGGCUGGCAGAAUAUAAAAUUGUAAUCGAAGACACAGAAAAAUUGCAAAAAUGUCUUGUUGAAUGUAAUAUUUUUACUGAAGACACAAUGGGUAUUAUUGAGUAUGCCAAUAACAUUGAUACUCAUUUUAUAAAUAAAAAAUGCCAGGAGUACAUGAGAGAAGCGCAAGCAAUAAUGAAGAAGGAUUUGCAUGAUAUGGUCGAAGUUGGGGUUCCCUAUAAUCCUAAUAAUCCUUUUGCUGUAGCCAAUAAUGACUUUGUGCAAUGUUCUAUAUCAAAAAACGUCAAAGAAAUUUUAAGUUUCAUGGAAAGUAUUUUGCAGAAAUCUUUAACUUCAUCGGAGGUUUGUGCAGGUAGAUUAUUUUGUACAGUCCAGAAUAUUAUUGUUACUUAUGGUGAAUUUGUCUUGGAACAUCACAAAAAACUGUUACAAACAAUUCCACAGCAAAUUGCCCUGUUUUACAAUAAUUGCAUGUAUAUUUCCCACAAACUACAUAAAUGGGAAACCCCAUACUGUUUAAAAUUAAAUCCAAUAUUAAAAAUGGAAAUUAAUUUUCAUGCACAAUGUGAUCAAUUAGAAACAUUAGCAAAGCAAUCUUUCGAAAAUUACAUUGAAACACAAAUUAAGCAGAUCAAUGAAAUUAUGACUAAUGCAGGACUUAGUGCUGAAAGUUUGACAAAAUUGGAACCAGCAACUGAAAAAUGCGUAAGACAAUCUUUAAGGCAACAAGAACUACUAAAAACUGUGUGGUCAAAAGUUUUAUCAUACAUUGUGUACAACAAAACAUUAGGUGUUAUAUUUGACUUUCUUUGUCAAAUUAUUGUUAAAUCAGUGGUCAAAUUUGAAGACAUUCCAUCAGAUGUAGCCGAACAACUAGCUGACAUUAUAAAAAUUGUUCUUACAAGGGGCCCAAAACUAUUUACUGAUCCCAAUGAAAUUAGCCUGUAUGUUAAGUCAUGGUACAGGCUGAAUGAAUUAAACUUUAUCCUAAGUUCAAAUUUAAUUAGCAUUAAUGAUAGAUGGGCAGAUGGAAAGGGACCUCUGGCAUUGCAAUUUAAAUGUGACGAAUUAAAACAACUUAUUAGAGCUUUAUUUCAAAAUACUGAUAGGAGAGCAGCUAUUUUAGCCAAAAUACAAGAAUAACUGUUAUACCCUAUUAUACACAUUAAAUAUUAA